AUCAAAUCAGUUUUAAAUCGUGUGCUGUUCGGUGCGUUCGCAUUGUUAUUUUCGUUGUUUUCGAACAUCAUCGUCAGUGAGUGCAAAAUGUACCAACGUCAAGUCUCCUUCGAUAAGCCAACGCGCAUCGAGGACUCCGCCUACAUUGCCGAGGGCGUUGAUAUUCAAGAGGCACGCAACACUUGCCUCCUCUUCUCGCCCAAGGACUCGUCGUUGUCCAGCGGCGCCUUGGCCAAUGCUUUGGGUAUCUUCAAGCAGCACGACAUCAAUCUCGUGCACAUAGAAUCACGUUCUUCACUUCGUGUUCCCGGCUACGAAUUCUUUGUGGAGUGCGAUGGCAAAACUGGCGCCUUGGGCAAAGCUAUCGCAGAUCUUCGCGAGCAAUGCGUUUACUUUAAUAUCAUCUCUCGCGAUUACAAGGACAACGCAACUGCUGUGCCCUGGUUUCCACGUCGUAUACGCGAUCUCGAUCGCUUCGCUAAUCAGAUUCUGAGCUAUGGCGCUGAAUUGGACUCCGAUCAUCCCGGUUUCACGGAUCCCGAGUACCGCAAGCGUCGCAAGUACUUCGCAGACAUCGCUUACAACUACAAGCACGGUGAGCCGCUGCCGCAUGUCGACUACAGCAAGGAGGAGAUCGAGACCUGGGGCAUCAUCUUUCGCAAUCUGACCAAGCUCUACAAGACGCACGCUUGCCGUGAAUAUAAUCACGUCUUUCCGCUGCUCGUCGACAACUGCGGAUUCCGUGAGGAUAACAUUCCCCAGCUGGAGGAUGUCUCCAACUUCCUAAGGGAUUGCACUGGUUUCACUUUGCGACCCGUGGCUGGUUUGCUGAGUUCUCGCGAUUUCCUCGCUGGCCUCGCCUUCCGCGUCUUCCACUCCACGCAGUACAUUCGUCAUCCCAGCAAGCCGAUGUACACUCCAGAGCCGGAUGUGUGCCACGAACUCUUGGGUCAUGUUCCACUCUUUGCCGAUCCAGCUUUUGCUCAGUUCAGCCAGGAAAUCGGACUCGCUUCUCUGGGUGCACCCGAUGACUACAUUGAGAAGCUGUCCACUAUCUUCUGGUUCACUGUGGAGUAUGGCAUGUGCCGUCAGGAAGGUGAACUCAAAGCCUUUGGCGCUGGAUUGUUGUCCUCUUAUGGCGAGCUGGAAUAUUGUUUGACCGACAAGCCGCAGCUUAAGGACUUUGAGCCAGAGAUCACGGGCAUUACCAAAUAUCCCAUCACGCAGUUCCAGCCGCUUUACUAUGUGGCCGACAGUUUCGAGAGUGCCAAGGAGAAGACUAUCAAAUUUGCCAAUUCGAUUCCACGUCCUUUCGGUGUGCGCUACAAUGCUUACACACAGAGCAUUGAGGUGUUGGAUUCGAAGCCGCAGAUUAACAAUCUGAUGAACAACAUCAAUUCGGAGUUUCAGAUACUGCAGAAUGCGAUUGUCAAGCUACGCGUUUAAGUUUCCUUAUUCGAUGAUACUAUAUUAUACAUAUUAAAUAAAUGCUAUCAAUUAUUCGUUUUA